AUGGAGGGCGACGAGGAUGGUGCCGGACGGGUCCGAGAACUUCAGCAGCAGAGGAUGACGGUCCAGAAGAAAACCUUCACCAAGUGGAUCAACAGCGUCUUUGCCAAGAACCAGGCAGAGCUGACGGACGUGUACACGGAGCUGAAGAGCGGCGUGGUUCUGAUCCGCUUGCUGGAGCUCAUCUCCGGCAAGACGCUGGCGCCGCCCAGCCGCCGCCGGCUCAGGGUCCACUUCCUGGAGAACAAUGGCAUCGCCAUCAACUUCCUGAGAAGCAAGGUGCGAGUGGACGCGAUCGGUCCCGAGAACGUGGUUGACGGGGACCGCACGCUGAUCCUGGGCCUGCUGUGGAUCAUCAUCCUCAGGUUCCAGAUAGGGAACAUCAACCUGGAAGAGGGCUCGGGUUCGAGCAGCGCCCGCGUGUCGGCGAGAGAAGCUUUGUUGAUUUGGUGUCAGAGGAAGACGUCCGGAUACGGCGGAGUUGAUGUCCAGGAUUUCUCCUGCAGCUGGAGAGACGGACUCGCAUUCAACGCACUCAUACACGCGCACAGGCCCGACCUGCUGGACUUCGCCGGUCUCCGCGGCGACGACCCCCGCGCGAACCUCCGGCAGGCCUUCGGCGUGGCCGAGCGCUCGCUGGGCAUCUUGCCGCUGCUGGAGGCGGACGACAUCGCCGUCCCGCGGCCCGACGAGAAGUCCGUCAUGACCUACGUUUCGCUUUUCUACCAUCACUUCUCCAGGGUCAAACACGAGCAGACCGGGCAGAAGAGGAUCGCCAAGAUUGUGGGCAUGCUGAUGGAUCUGGACGCCAUGAAGGUCCAUUAUGACAAGAUGGUGUCCGAGCUUCUGCGCUGGAUCCGCGGGACGGUGCUGCGCCUCAACGACAGAACUUUUCCCAACUCGGUGAAAGAGCUCCAGGUCCUGAUGGUGGGCUUCAAGACCUUCAGGAUGCAGGAGAAACCGCCCAAAUAUCAGGAACGUGGAGCCAUCGAAGCUCACUUGUUCAGUCUGAAGACUCAGCUGGCGGCCAGCAACCAGAAAGCCUACACACCACCUGAAGGCAAAACCCUCCGUGACAUCGAGAAAGGUUGGACUCUUCUGGAAAAAGCGGAACACAAGCGCGAAGGAGCCCUGCAAGAGGCGCUCCUGCGCUUAGAGAACCUGGAACAGCUGGCCCAGACGUUCGGCAGAAAGGCCGCCCUGAGGGCGGGCUACGUCGAGGACACGCUGCGCCUGAUCCGCCGCCAAGAUUUUGCCGGUCUGAACACCCUUGAGGAGGCUCAGGCGGCCACCGGGCGCCUGGAGGCGCUCGCCGCCGACGCGCAAGCCAGGGAGCCCCGCUUCGCCGCCCUGCGAGACAUGGCCGACGCCAUCCGGAGAGGAAACUACCACGGCAAGGAGCUCGUCAGCAGGAGGGAGGAGGAGAUCGGCGGCGCAUGGAAGGAUCUUCUGCAGCAGCUGCAGCAACAGAGGGGGCUGCUGGGAAAUGUCAUCUCCACUCUCAGUGUCCUCCGAGACAUCGACGUCAUCUCCCAGGAACUCGAAGACCUUCACGUCCAGGCGUCCUCCUCCGAGUUGGGCAAAGAGUUGACGGAGGCGCAGUCUCUCCUCCAGAAGCACCGCCUCCUGGAAGCGCAAAUUUCAGCCCACGGCGACACCAUCAGCACCGUCAGCGCCUCGGCCCUCAAAGGAAACGUGACGGACGGUCGUGAGAUUGAGAGCAGAGUGAGAGCUCUGCGUAGUCGGUACACGGCUUUGGUGUCACACAGCGGCAGCAGGAGGCGCCGUCUGUCGGCCGUGUUGGUUCUCUUUCAGUUCUUCCACGACUGCGACGAGUUGAAGGCGUGGCUUCGCGAGCGCCAAAUGCAGCUGCAGGCCGCCGCGCUCGGACGCGACGUCGAUCACGUGACAAUGGCGCUGCACAAGCACAAGGCAUUGGAGGCGGAGCUUCACUCUCAGGAGCGCGCGUACGAUCGUGCGUCGCGCCACGGUGAGCACAUCGCCGCCGAGCAGAGCCCGGACGAGCGGCGACGCGUCAACAAACGCAUCGAAACUUUGAGCAAACUCUGGAUGCGAGUCAACGCUGACGCCGGCGCGCGAAGGCAGAGACUGGACGCCGCCUCGGCCAUCAAACAAUACUUUGCAGACGUGGAGGAGACAAACUCGUGGCUGAGGGACAAGAAACUUCUGCUGAUGAGUGAGGAUUAUGGAAAGGACGAGUCCAGCGCAGCCAUUUUGCUCCAGCGCCACCUGCGCCUGGACAAACAAAUGACGGCCUACGGCGUGGAGAUGAAGAGGCUGUCAGAGCAGGCCAGGGAAGCCGCCCAGCUCACGGCGUUCACCGCGGAGCCUCAGCCGAGUCCCAUGGUCCAAUCCGGCGACUCAUCUGAUGAUGAGGAGGGACCAUCUAAGACUAAAAGUGGGACCGGUUCUGUGCACCAGGAAGUCAAGGCGAAGGUCUGGUUCAGAGGCGACUUUGCACUGGAUCGGAACGAGACGGUGACGAUCAUCAGGACCGACCCCGAUCACGACAAAGUUCUGGUCAAAGACGCGCAAGGAAACCAGCGGCGUGUUCCCAACACGUACCUGACACCUCUGCCAGCUCCGGAUCCUCCCACCCUACCAGCCUCCACCAAUGGCGUGGCUGACCCCCGGAACAGGAAGUUCAACUAUCCGAGGCAUCGCCGCUCGGUCCGUCCCGGCACGGCUGAGAUCCGAAGCACGUGGGUGCCGGACCCUCAGUACCAGAGAGUCACAGUGGAGGCUGCCCAGGCCCAGCUGGACCAGGACUACACGUCCAUGUGCUGCCUCCUGCAGUCUAAGGUGAAAGUUCUGGAGGAGGCUCUGCUCCUGCAUCGUUUCCACGGCCGCUGCCAGGAGUUUGAGUGGUGGAUGGAGGACAAGGAGAAGGUCCUCGACACUUUCAGUGCACAUGCCAAAGACCUCCACGUUAUCCAGGCCAAAUAUGAGAACUUUGUGACCGAGCUGAUGAGUGGGCGUGGCCUGUUGGAUGACAUCAUCAAGGUGGCGGAGGAGAUGGGGAAGAACCGACACAGUAAACACAGAGACGUCCAGACACGCCUCAACAGCCUUUCCAGCAGGUGGGAGUGUCUCCAGGGGCAUAAGGACGAGAAGGCUCGCGAGCUGCUGAGCGCGGCCGAUGUGCGCUUUUUCCUUCAGCAAGUCCAGGACACCAGGACAGAGCUGCAGACCCAGAUGGAGCAGCUGGACUCCGUAAACCUGAACAUGGGGGGCGGAAGAGGUGGUCAGUUUGCACUGCGGGCUGGCGAGCAGCGGCAAACGAGCACUCGGCGAGAUAUCAACACCCUGGAAGCCAAGAUCGCAUACCUGAGGGACCUCGCCAAGAUGAAGCAGGACUGCAGUCCAGCCGAGAGUGAGGCCAUCACGGAGGAGGUGCGAGAUCUGGAGAUGCUCCUGAAGCAGGUGACGUGUCGAGCCGCGGAGCGCCAGCGCCACCUGGAGGAGGCCCGACGGCUUCACCGCUUCCAGCGGCAGGCCAGGGAGCUGCAGCGUUGGGCGGCGGCCACCCAGGAGGGUCUGCUGCGGGACGGGGAGACCGUCGACCUGCUGGAGGAGCACGAGGAGCUCUGGAUGGAGAUGGAGGAGCACAGGAGGAGACUGAAGGAGACUGAGAUGUUGGGCGAGUCUCUUCUGAGCUCUACGGACAGAGAGCCGGGCGCCGUCGAAGUCCAGCGGUCGCUGGAUGACCUGAGAGCUGAUUGGUCCGAGCUGGAGCACCUGCGGACCAAUAGGAAGCAGCGCCUGGAGCAGCAGGUGGCGCUGCAGAGACUCGACCAGGAGGGGGACCGCAUCGAGGCAGCGUUGGCCGGACACCAAGCCAGGCUCAGGCUACGAGAUGUCGGGGACUCGGUGGACGGCGUUCUCGGUCUCCUGGCUCGUCAGGACGAUCUGGAAGUCGUGUUGAAGACUUUGGACCAACGCGUGGACCUUUUCUCCAAAUGCAGCCAACAACUCAUCGGCCAGCAACAUUACGCCACCGCACACAUCCAGCAGAGGAUCCGAAACCUCCACGAGGCCAACAGGAAGUUGAAGGAUAGUAGUGACGAGAGGCGGAGUCAACUGCUGGCCUCCAAGAAAUAUCAGGAGUUCCGGCGCGACGCCGACGAGCUUCUGCUGUGGAUGGACGACAAGUCCGAGAUGGUCGCGGACGCUUCGUGCCGCCAGCCCGCCAACGUCCUGUCCAAGCUCAAGCGGCACGAAGCGGCCGAGAGGGAGAUGCAGGCUCACCGGGCCUGGAUGGAGAGACUGGUUCAGCUGGGGCACGACAUGCUGGCCGAGGAGCACGUAGGUGGCGCUCACGUCGGCAGGAUGUCGUCUCGGCUCACCGGCCGCUGGCGGCGUCUUCAGGACAAGAUGGCCGACCGCGGAGACAAGCUGAGGCAGGCGGGGCAAGAGGAACAACUCAUGGACCUUCUCAGGGACGCCAAAGUCAAGAUGGAAUCAAUCCAGUGGACCCUCAACCUCGCCCCCACAGACCACGACCGGCGCUCCAGCCGGCAGAUGCUCAAGGAGCACUAUCAGCUGGAGCAGGAUGCCAAGGAGCUGGCGGAGAAGAUCGGCGUCAUCGUGGGCAGGGCCAAGAAUCUGGGGUCCAGUCACCUCAACUCGCAGAGAAUCUUGCAGGAGACCGACGCCUACCUGACCCUGUUCAAGUCCCUUCAGAAGCUGCUGGAGCGGCGGCGGGUGGAACUCAAGGCGCUGGUGCUGCUCUAUGAGUUCUACCACGAUGUGGAUCUAGAGCUUAGCUGGAUCUUGGAACACGUCCCCUCCUCGGUGUCCACGGGACACGACAAGUCUUUGGUUGGGGCCACAAGCCUCAUGCAGAAGCACAAGGAGCUUCAGGCAGAAGUGAACGCCCAUUCGCAGCACCUCAACCACAUCCUUAAGAAGGGGCGGAGCUUGGCUAAUUCCAGCCAAUCACAUGCAGAAGAGGUUCUUCAAAGGUGCAGACACCUGAGUGACGAACGGGGAAAACUUGAGGCGGCGUGCAGCCGGCGAGCAGCUCACCUGAGCCAGGCCGUCACCAGAGCACAGUUACUGCUGGACUGUUCUGAGCUGGAGGUCCGGCUCACAGAGACUUUGGACCUUCUUAACGUGGAUGACCUGGGCAAGGAUUAUCUGGCCACACAGACUCUACUCAGCAAGCAGGAGGUUCUCCAGGGCCAGCUGGAGGUCCUGCAGGUGGAGGUGGAGGAAGUGGAGGACCAGGUAGAGCAGGCUCUCCUCAGCUGGGAUGCGCAGGAGCUGCGCAGACACGUGGGCCGUCUGCGUAGCCUGAAGCAGCGGCUACAGCAGCAUGCGGCACUCAGACUUCAAAGGUUGAGGGAAGUUCUCCACCUGCACGAGUUCACACGAGAGGCCACCGAGUUGGACGAGUGGAUGCAGCAGCAGAGGAGGACGGCGCAGACCCAGGAUCUGGGCGCCGACUACCAGCAGGUUCAGAUGCUCCUGAGGAAGUUUGACGCAUUCCUGAAGCAGUUGGAGCUGGCCGAGGAGCGACUGGACAAGUGCGGCGACCUGGCGGCUCGACUCGUCGCCGGCAAACACCCGCGGAGCGCCGCCGUCAGGGAAGAGCUGCAGAAGCUGCGUGCGUGCUGGGAGGACCUGAGGGGCGUGGCCAACGAGCGUGAGAAGCAGCUGCAGAAGGCCGAGCGAUGUCACCGACUUCAUCGGGACUUGAGUGACGCGAUGGCGCUCAUCCAGGAGCGCCAGAAGAGCAUCCCGGACGACGUGGCCAAGGAUUGGCGAGGAGUCAUGUCACAGCUCAGGAAGCACCAGGCUUUCCUCCAGGAACUCGCAGCUGCCGAACAGCAGCUUCAGGAGCAGUUGGAGACGGUGGACGCCAUCUUAGAGCUCUGCUCGCCACAGUUGACGCUCCGCCUACAGGAAGUGCAACAGGACGUGGCGGAGUGCUGGGAGGAGCUACGGCUUCACGCCGAGGAGCGGGAGCUGGUGCUAACGCUAGCGUGCCAGCGCUACUCGUUCCUUAACACGGUCCAGGACUACCUGCUGUGGUGCGGUCAGAUGACCGGCGUCAUGGCGGCCAAGGAGCGCAUCAGCGACGUGGCCACGGCAGACCUCCAGAUGGCGCUGCACCAGCAGCUGUGGGCCGAGCUGGUGGCCCGGCAGGAAGUUUACCAUCAGGCCGUGGACAUGGGGGAGCAGCUACAGCAGCAGGACACCAGCAACCGGAAGCAGGUGCUGCGGAAGCUGGAUGCCCUGCAGGCUGAGCGGGAGAAGCUCCAGGACCAGUGGUACCACAAGCAAAGUUGGCUGGAGAAGGUCCACCUGGAGCAGAUCUUCUACAGAGACGUCAGCAGCAUGGACAAAACUUGCAGCUCGCACGAGGUGUUGUUGAAGAACAGCACUCUGGGAAAGACAGUGGACGAGACAGAAGCUCUAAUCAAACAUCACGAAGCUUUUGAGAAGUUGCUUACAUCUCAGGAGGACAAGGUGUCGAGCCUGGAGGACCUCGGCGCUCGCCUCAACAAGACACUCAGCAGAGAGAAGAGCGGGCAGGCCCAAAGCCGGCUGAAAGCCCUCCUUCAGCGACGUGAUAAGAUUAAGGAGCUGUCCGUCAAGUGGAGGGAGGAGCUGGAUCUGUCCUGGCUGAUGUGUGUCUUCAAGAGAGAUGUCGCCGAGGCGGAGGAGUGGGUGAGUGAGCGCAUGCUCAAACUGUCCGAGGAUGCAAAAGCCGAUCUCAGCAACUUGCAGACCAAGAUGAAGCUCCUUCAGAAGCAUCAGGUGUUUGAGGCAGAGAUCAUGGCGCACGACCAGGUCAUCAGCGACGUGCAGCAGGCCGGCGAGAAACUGGUCUCCCUCCACCACCCAAAUUCCAAGGAGGCAAGGAGGAGCGCACAGGCUCUGGAACGCCACUGGGACCAGCUUAAGGCGGCCGUGGCCAAGCGAGGGAAAGUUCUGGAGGACAGCCGAGACUUCCUGGAGUUCCUGCAGAAGGUGGAGGAGGUGGAGGCCUGGAUCCGACACAAGGAAGUCAUGGUCAACCUGGGAGACGUGGGGAACGACUAUGAACACGGUCUUGAGCUUCUGAAGAAACUUGGCGAGUUCCGUGGAAAAGGAGGCGGGGUGGUGACAGUGGACAACGCUCACAUUACGGCCAUAGACCGGCUGGCAGCUCGGCUGGAGAAGCGGCAGAACGCUGACGAGAUGCAGACCGUCAGACGGAGGAGACGCCAACUCAACGACAGGUGGAGUAAGUUCCACAUGGACCUGAACGCCUACAAGAAAAAAAUGGAGGAUGCCCUGGUUGUCCACUCGCUCAUCAGAGAACUGGAGGAGGUCCGAGAGCGAGCUAGUGAGAAGAUGCUGCCUCUGCUGGACCAGGACUGCGGAGUGGAUGUGGAGAGCGUGGAGAACCUGAUCAGACGCCACGAGGAGACCGAGAGGGAAAGUAGGGUGAUCCAGGAAAGGUCCAAGAUUCUGGAGAAGGACAUCUGCCACCAGCUCAAGUUUCAGUCUGUGAUGAACGGGAAGCUGCAAGACAAACAGAAGGAGCUUCACAAGACUCUGGAGCUGCUAGACAAGGAGGUCAAGCACAGGAAGGACAAGCUUCAGGAGGCUCAUCAGCUGCAGCUCUUCAAAGCAAACCAUCGCCUCCUACUGGACUGGACGCUUAAACAAAGCAGUGAACUGGCAGAGAAAGCUCUCCCACGGACACGAGCUGAGGCUGACCGGCUCCUUGUGGAGCAUCAGGACCGGAAGACACAGAUAGAUACCCGGGCUGAGCGCAUCAACUCUGUCCAAGAAUUUGGCCUCAGUCUGAUCCAGUCAGGCCACAGUUGUCAGGCAGAGAUUCAGAAGGCUCUGAAGAAGUUGGACGAUGCCAAAGAUAGACUGGACCGAGCCUGGGAGAACCGCAGCACGAGGCUGGAGCAAGCGUGCACCCUGCAGGUCUUCCUGGCCUCGGUGGAUCUGUGUGAGAGUUGGAUUAGUAACAUGGAAGCCCUCCUAGCCAAUCAGGAUCUUGGGAGCUCUGUGGCCGAGGUGGAGACCCUGCAGAGGAAGCAGGUCCAGUUUGAGGAAGCGCUGGAUGCUCAGCUGGACCAAGUGGACCAGGUGGAGCAAUUGGCCCAGAAGAUGAUCCAGGAGAAACACUUUGACUCUGACAACAUCAGAGCGAGAAGCAAAGCACUCUUUGCUAAGCAGAGUCAGCUCCAGAAAAAGACCAGCUCUCGUCAUCAAGAUCUGGAACGAUCCUUGCAACUGCAGCACUUCCUGACCAACAGUUACCAGGUGUGCGCGUGGCUGAAUGAGCGUAACAUAUUGGCAUCUGAUGAGAUAUGGAGGGAACCAAGCAACCUUCAGGCAAAAGUGUUGAAACAUCAGAGUUUCCAGGCAGAAAUCCUAGCCAACCGCUACCGAGUGGACACUCUCACUGAGGAAGCAGACAAACUGCUGGCUGAUGGUGGUGCUCUUGAGGCCAAGGUGAGACCACGACUCAAGGAGGCGACUGAGGCCUGGGCCAUUUUGGUGAGGAACUGUGAGGAGAAGAAGAACCGACUACAGGAGGCCUACCAGGCACUGCAGUUCCAGCGCUCCCUGGAUGACCUGGACCAGUUGGUGGACUCAGUGGAAAGGAACUUGGCCAACCAUGACUGCGGGACUGACUUGCCAUCAGUCAACAGGGUCCUGAAGACCCUGCAGGACCUCGAAGACCAGGUGGAUGGACUCCGACCGAGACUGCAGGGUCUGAUAGAGACGGUGGAGAACUUUCACUCGAGGGGAAACUUCCGGGCUGAGGAGCUCCAGAACCGUGUGACCAACACCAUCCACAGGUACAACAGCCUGUCCCAGCCGCUGCAGAGUCGCCGGGAGACGCUGGAGGCCUGGCAGCUCCUGUUCCAGUUCAGCCGUGACCAGGAGGAGGAGCUGGACUGGCUCAGACGGCGACUGACCACAGUCACCGCCUCUGACUAUGGAGGCUCUCUGAUCGGUAGCCAGCAGCUCCUCCAUAAGCACCAGGUGCUGGUGCAGGAGUUCUCCAGCCGUGCCCCAUUGGUCCAAGCAGUCCUUGAGGCAGGGCAUAGCUUGGUCAGAGGUCGCCAUUUUGCGUCGCGGGACAUCCAAGAUCGCGUGGACCAGCUCAAACAACUCCACGGUGACCUGAAGACGGAGGCGGAGGCAAAGGGGAAACUCCUCCAGCAGGCGAUCAGCAUCCAUGCUUUCCUAGCUGAGGUUUGCGAGCUGCGGGUGUGGCUAGAAGAGCAGCAGCGGGUGUUAGAGAGCGCUGAGGUGGGUCACAGUGAGGAGGGGGCGGAAGCUCUGCGCAGGCGUCUGGACGUCGUGGACAUCAACCUGAAAAACCAGAGGACCACUUUGGACCAGCUGCGUGAAAGAGGGCGAACUCUGCACCGCCUGCAGCAUCCCAACAGUCACGCGGUCAGCGAGUGUCUUCCGCUCGUGUUGGAUCUCUUCGAGACAAUCGAGCGUCUUAGCGUGUCUCGUCGCUCCGCCCUGGAGGAGCAGCUACGUGUGUUUGUGUUCCACCGUGAGGCCCAAGAACUGCAAACAUGGUUGGACUCCAGGAAGGCAGCGGUGGACUCGCAGGACUGCGGACAAGACCUGGAGGACGUGGAGGUUCUGCAGAAGAAGUUGGAGGUUCUGGUGUCAGAGGUCUCAGGUGUAGGUCGGAAUCGGCUGGCCUUGUUACAGCAGCUCAGUGGAGGCCUGGAGCAGGACAGCCAGACCCGCAGGAGGGACCGAGAGCUCAGUGGACUGUGGGAUGACCUGGAAGAUGCCAUCAGAACUAGAGAACAGAACCUGCGGUCGGCUCGGAAGAUGCACCAGUUCCAUCACGACGCGGACGAGCUGAAGAUCUGGAUGGCCGAGAAGGAGGCCGCGCUGGACUCGGACGAGCAGGACCGGGACCUCUGUGCCGUCCAGACCCGCCUGCAGCAGCACGAGGCUCUGGAGCGAGACCUCGUGCUCAUCUCUGCCGAGGUGACCCGGUUUGGGGAGGCGAGCGCCGCUCUGCGGGGCAGUCUUCCUGGUUCCGAAGGGUCCGCGAGCCGCAGGCUGGACGAUCUUCGGUCGUCCUGCGCGGCCGUCCAGGACAAGGCCCGGCGGCGCCGCGCCGUACUGGUGCAGGCCCACGACGCGCACAAGUUCUUGGCCCUGUGGGGCCAGCUCAUGACGUGGCUGAGGGAGACGUCGGUGGCGGCGCGGGGCGAAGGCCGGCUCGGAGAGAGUCCGGGUGGCGAUGGGUGCGAAGCGGAUCAGAGCCUGAGGAGGCACCGAGAGUACCGAGUCCACCUGGAGAGACACACCCACAAGACUCGCCUUGUCAAGAGUGAAGCUCGGCGCCUCCUGCAGGACGGAAACUUCAUGGCCAAAGAGAACAAUUCCAAACUUUCAAAGUGGAAGAACGUGUGCAGUGAGCUGGAGGAUCUUGAGUGUGUGAUUUUGAAAACCUGGGAGGAGACGCACCGUGCGUACGAGGAGGACCUGGAGCUGAAGCGCCUCCAGAAGGAUCUGGACCAGGCCGAACGCUGGCUCAGCUCCUACGAGGACUCCCUGACCAGCGGCCACUACGGCGAUUCCGUGUCAGACGUGGUUGACCUCCUGAAGCGUCAGGAGGACCUGGAGGCCAUGAUCACUGCGCAGAGCGAAUGCUUCGAUACCCUCCAGAGGAAGACCACGCAGAGAGAAAGGAGGCUUGGUGUCCGUGGAAACGAGGAGAAGGCGCUCCUGGAGAGAAGAGCGCCGACCAGCAUUUCGUCCUUCAGGAUAGUGUCUGAUCUAAAAACUCCAGGGAUCUCCUUCUCCCGCGUCGGUGACACCAGCGGCGCUUCCAGAACGUCAUGCAGUUGGUCUCGCAGCUCUGAGCAGGAGGAGGUGGUUGAGCAGGACACCAGCACCUCCAGACCACAUCACAGAUCUGAUCACGAGGAUCUCCUUGAGAGACGCCCUCCCGCCAGAACGUCAUCUCUCCGGAAGAUGUCUGAUCUAAAAACUCCAGGGAUCUCCUCCUACUCCAGAGUCAGUGAGACCGGCACCUCAUUCAGAACUACUUCCAGUGGGUCUGGCAGUCCUGACCAGGAAGAGAUGGAGGAGGACGCCAGCGCCCUCUGUCCACCUUGCAGAUCUGAUCACAAGGAUCACCUUGAGAGAAGCCCUCCUGCCAGAGUUCAAUCUCUCCAGAAAGCAUCCAACCCAAAAAUUCCAGGGAUGUCCUCGUUCAAAGUCAGCCAGACCAGCACCUCGUCCAGUCCAACUCUCGACUCUGACAAGGCGGAGCUGCCGGAUACUGCCAGCCGGAAGACGUUCGAUCUAAAAGCUCCACAGAGCUUGUCCUCCUCGCAAGUAAGCGAGAGCAGUGCCUCCUCCAGAGUUCCCUCCAAUCCACCUUGGACAUUUGACCAGGAGGAGAAGGUCGAGGAGGAGGACACCAGCCCUUUGGUUCUAUCCACCAUGACACCUCCUGGACUUCCUCACUCCUCCUCUCUUCGUCCCUCAGUUAAACCUCCUUUGGCUCCCAAGCCCAGGGUGUCUCCUCCAGCGUGGAGAUGCCGCAGUGAGCCUCCGAUCCACCGGGAGGCGCCUCCCCUCCCGCCUGACUCCCCUGGGCCUAUCAGAGAGCUCCUUGCUCGUCCGACUAGCAGACACCUCCAGGAACAGGAUGCGCUCGGCGGACAACUUCCUGAUCUGCUGGAUUCUGCUCAAGUUCCUCCUGAAGAAGAAGCCGAAGAAAAAGCUGCUGAGGCAACAAGCAGGAUGCUGGAGGGAACUCUGGAGAUCAAACUGAAUCGUGGAGGAGGCGGCGGAGCCAAGGGGCGGGGCCACUGGGAGGAAGUGUUUGCCGUGCUGCAGGGAGGCCAACUGCGUUUAUUCGAGGACCGAGAGGCCGCCAAACAGGGUGCCACCAGGUGGCCUCCUGUCAUCUUGCCGGGCGCCGUCUGCAAGGAAAACGCCGUUGCUGCUCAAUUCAGGAGCAAAGACAACACGUUUACCGUCACCCUGGACGACGGCUCUCAGUUUGUGUUCGCGGCGUCCUCUCGGGACCUCCGGCGGCUUUGGCUGAAGACGCUGCAGAGCCAAAGUCGUCACAGCCCCUCGGAGCCCUCCGACCCCUCGAGACGUCACGGACACGAGAGCCCGGAGAGACGAGCGUCCCCGGAGGGCCGAGGCCCCCCCAAGCCCCCCCGCACGUACUACCGCACGCACCGCUACCCGCAGGGCGGCGAGGCCCUCGCCGAAGGGCGACGUGACCCGCCCCCUUCAGUAGCUCCACCCCCGCCGCCGAAGCAGCCCGUCGUCAACGACAACGCUGGCAAAACCAAGAUUUCCGCCUUUCAGCGGUUCUUUACCAAGAAGUAGAACUCUCCGACGAUAACCCGGAUAAAACAUGAGCCACGUUUUCAUCAAGUGCCUUUCUGAUUCCUAACCAUAAAAAUCCGGGUUUUAUUUUAACCCUAACCCUUCAUUGUUCACUGAAAACCUCACAUAAUGAAGCAAAACUUCCCAUUUUAACCCAUUUUAAUUUUGGGGCAAUUUUAAACCUAUUUAAGGGGUUUUGGCAUUAAUUACUCGCAAAUAUUUGCUGUUCAGUCAGCUUGACUUUAAUUGCAGUGUCAAAGCAAUGAAACUUCUCAACUCACUUCAACAAAGUUUAUCAAGUGCCUGAAUGAUUCACAACAAUAAAAUGACAGUAGAUUGUUUUGUUUUGUUUUGUUUUAA